AUGGCGUCUUUUGCCAAUCCCACACAGAUCUUUGCCGACGAUGUCACCGAGGAGAAAGGUGAAAAUGCCCGUCUAUCGGCCUUUGUUGGAGCCAUCGCUGUCGGCGAUCUGGUGAAAAGUACUUUGGGUCCCAAGGGAAUGGACAAAAUUCUGCAAUCUGCUUCUACCGGCGAUAUUCUCGUGACGAACGACGGAGCCACAAUUCUCAAGUCGAUUGCCUUGGACAACGCCGCGGCAAAGGUGCUGGUUAACAUUUCCAAGGUUCAGGACGACGAGGUCGGCGAUGGUACCACCUCUGUCACCGUCCUGGCUGCUGAGUUGCUUCGCGAAGCCGAGAAGCUGGUCAACGCCAAGAUUCACCCACAGACCAUCAUUGAUGGUUAUCGGAUAGCCAGCCGUGCGGCUCUAUCAGCUCUUGAGAAGACCGCCGUCGACCGCAGCAAGGACCCGGAGGCCUUCCGCAAGGACCUGCAUUCCAUUGCUCGUACCACUCUCAGUUCCAAGGUUCUGGCGCAAGACCGCGAUCACUUUGCUCGUCUGGCCUGUGAAGCUGUCCUGCGUUUGAAGGGCUCUACCGAUCUGAGCCACAUCCAGAUUAUCAAGAAGGCCGGUGGCAAGCUGAACGACUCAUAUCUGGAUGAGGGAUUCAUUCUCGAUAAGAAGAUCGGUGUCAACCAACCCAAGCGCUUGGAGAACGCCAAGAUUCUCGUGGCCAACACUGCGAUGGACACGGACAAGGUCAAGAUUUUCGGUGCCCGUGUCAAGGUCGAGUCCACAGGCAAGCUGGCCGAGCUGGAGAAGGCAGAGCGUGAGAAGAUGCGCGCCAAGGUGGAGCGUAUCAAGUCUCACGGAAUCAACUGCUUCGUCAACCGACAAUUGAUCUACAACUGGCCCGAGCAGCUCUUCACCGAGGCUGGUAUCAUGUCCAUUGAACACGCCGACUUUGACGGUAUCGAGCGACUCGCUCUCGUGACUGGCGGCGAGAUCGCUUCCACCUUUGACCACCCCGAUCAGGUCAAGCUGGGCUCAUGUGAUUUGAUUGAGGAGGUCAUCAUCGGUGAAGAUACCCUGAUCAAGUUCUCCGGUGUCUCAGCUGGUCAGGCCUGUACGAUUGUGCUUCGUGGUGCCACUGAGCAACUUCUCGAUGAGGCUGAGCGCUCUCUGCACGACGCUCUCGCUGUCUUGUCGCAGACUGUCAAGGAUCCUCGGGUCACUCUGGGUGGAGGCUGCGCGGAAAUGGUGAUGUCCAAGGCAGUGGAGCAGGCCGCUCAAAACACCACUGGUAAGAAGCAAUUGGCCGUCGACUCCUUCGCACACGCCCUGAAGCAACUGCCCACGAUCCUGGCCGACAACGCCGGUCUGGACUCUAGCGACCUAGUGACUCGUCUUCGCCAGGCCAUCAACAAUGGCAUGACCAGCUCAGGGUUGGACCUGUUGACGCCUGGUGGCGGUAUUGCCGACAUGCGUGAGCUUGGCGUCGUGGAGGCCUACAAGUUGAAGAAGGCUGUUGUAUCAUCGGCAUCCGAGGCCGCCGAGCUUCUUCUGCGGGUGGACAACAUUAUUCGCGCCGCCCCCCGUCGUCGGGACCGUAUGUAA